ACAUGGUAUUGGAUCAAGAGGAAGCAUUAGGGGAGCUUAGUGAAGAGGUGAAAAAGAAAAUCCGAGAGGCCCUGCUCAAGCAGCAUCACCAUCAAAACCAGAAGAAGCUGGCCAACCGUAUUCCUAUAGUACGCUCUUUUGCUGACAUCGGCAAGAAACAGUCCGAAUCUAACUCUAUGGACAAGAACGCUGGCCAGAUGAUCCUUCCUCAGACCCAGACUAGUGCACAUGACCUCAAGCCAGAGGUCACAAGAGACUGCAGUAGUGUGGAUUUCAGUAAGAUAGACCUGCACUUCAUGAGGAAGAUCCCACCUGGAGCCGAGGCAUCAAAUAUCCUGGUAGGAGAGCUGGAGUUCUUGGAGAAACCUGUAGUGGCAUUUGUACGUCUCUCACCUGCUGUCCUUCUCAAUGGCCUGGCAGAAGUUCCCAUAACCACCAGGUUCCUCUUCAUUCUUCUCGGGCCUCUGGGUAAAGGACCACAGUAUCAUGAGAUCGGCAGAUCCAUCGCCACCUUGAUGACUGAUGAGGUCUUUCAUGAUGUUGCAUAUAAAGCCAAGGGCCGCAACGAUCUGGUGGCUGGAAUUGACGAGUUCCUUGACCAAGUAACAGUUCUACCCCCCGGUGAAUGGGACCCAUCUAUCAGAAUCGAGCCGCCGAAAAACGUCCCUUCUCAGGAGAAGAGAAAAAUCCCUGCUGUCCCCAACGGCGAGUUGGCAGAGACUGAUGAACAUGGGGGGCAUGGAGGCCCUGAGCUACAGCACACUGGGAGGCUAUUUGGUGGCCUUGUUUUGGAUCUAAAGCGCAAGGCACCACAUUAUCUAUCUGACUACACGGAUGCCAUCAGCCUGCAAUGUGUGGCUUCUUUCCUUUUCCUCUACUGUGCCUGCAUGUCUCCUGUCAUCACUUUCGGAGGAUUGCUGGGGGAGGCCACAGAAGGACGCAUUAGUGCUAUCGAGUCUCUGUUUGGUGCAUCGAUGACGGGAAUUGCUUACUCCCUGUUUGCGGGCCAGCCACUCACCAUCCUUGGGAGCACUGGUCCUGUGCUGGUUUUUGAGAAGAUUUUAUUCAAAUUCUGCAAGGAGUAUGGAUUGUCCUAUCUGUCUCUGAGGACAUGCAUUGGUCUUUGGACUGCUUUUCUCUGUAUGCUGCUGGUGGCUACUGAUGCCAGCUCACUCGUUUGCUACAUCACUCGUUUUACAGAAGAAGCCUUCGCUUCUCUCAUCUGCAUCAUUUUCAUCUAUGAGGCUCUGGAGAAGCUGAUACACCUCGGCGAAACCUACCCUUUCAACAUGAACAAUAACCUUGAAAAACUCACCACCUAUUCCUGUGCUUGUAUAGAGCCAGUGAACCCCAGCAAUGCCACCCUGCAAUAUUGGGAGCAGAACAACAUCACAGCAUCAGAGAUCUACUGGGAGGCUCUGGAAGUGCAGGACUGCAUAGAAAAGCAUGGGGUGUUUGUGGGCUCAGCCUGUGGCCCUCAUGGUCCCUACAUCCCUGAUGUCCUCUUCUGGUCUGUUGUGCUCUUCUUCUCCACUGUGGCCAUGUCUGCUUUCCUUAAAGAAUUCAAGACAAGCCGAUACUUUCCCACCAAGGUCAGAUCACUCAUCAGUGAUUUUGCUGUGUUUAUUACCAUUCUGACCAUGGUUCUGGUGGACUAUGCUUUAGGUGUCCCAUCACCCAAACUGCAGGUACCCAACAAAUUUAAGCCAACACGAGAUGACCGAGGUUGGUUUAUUAACCCUGUGGGUCCAAACCCUUGGUGGACUUGUAUCAUAACAGUGAUCCCUGCUCUUCUCUGUACCAUCCUCAUCUUCAUGGACCAACAGAUCACUGCGGUCAUCAUUAACAGAAAGGAACACAAACUUAAGAAAAGCUGUGGUUACCACCUGGACCUACUUGUGGUGGGUGUGAUGCUGGGUGUGUGUUCGCUGAUGGGGCUGCCCUGGUUUGUGGCCGCUACAGUGCUUUCUAUCACACACGUAAACAGUCUAAAGCUGGAGUCUGAGAGCUCAGCCCCAGGAGAGCAGCCCAAGUUUCUUGGCAUCAGAGAACAGCGGUUUACUGGCCUGAUGAUUUUUAUCUUGAUGGGAUGCUCUGUCUUCAUGACCUCCAUUCUUAAGUUUAUUCCCAUGCCUGUGCUCUAUGGAGUGUUCCUUUACAUGGGAGCAUCAUCACUACGAGGAAUACAGUUCUUUGAUAGGUUGAAGCUGUUUGGGAUGCCAGCGAAGCACCAGCCUGACUUCAUCUACCUAAGGCACGUUCCUCUGCGAAAGGUUCACCUGUUCACCUUGAUCCAGCUCAGCUGCUUGGUGCUCCUCUGGGUCAUUAAAACAUCCCGCGCCGCCAUCGUCUUUCCUAUGAUGGUUCUUGCUCUGGUAUUUAUUCGGAAGCUGCUGGAUUUUAUCUUCACUAAGAGAGAGUUGAGCUGGCUGGAUGACCUUAUGCCAGAAAGUAAGAAAAAGAAAAUGGAGGAUGCAGAAAAAGAGGAGGAGCAAAGUAUUCUGGCAGAAGAAGAGGGAGUAGUACAAGUGCCGUUGGAAGGACAUUACAAGGAUGAUCCUUCAUCUGUAAACAUCACGGAUGAGAUGUCUAAAGCCUCAUUUGGAAACACUUGGAAGACUGUCAGCUCUGAUGGCUCCAAAAAGUGAACCAACCACAAAAAGAUGCUGAGCACUUAAGUUUACACAUGGCCUGCAGCGGCACUGGAAGGCAAGGACGUGAAAGAAAAAGGAGCUUCAUCAUAAUGACAGGCCUCUGACCUGCUUCUCCUUCACUGUGGUCUCACAAACAAAAACACACUGAUAUC